CGCAUACCUUCUGCCCUGCAUCCCGGCAAUCUCCUAGCCAGCCAGGCAGCAGUACGCGGGUGUGUAUCUAUCGAUCCGGACGAUGGGGAGGUCGCCGUGCUGCUACCACGACGCCAGCAUGAAGAAAGGCCCGUGGACGGAGGAGGAGGACCGGAUGCUGGUGGAGCACAUCCAGAAGCACGGCGGCCACGUCAGCAGCUGGCGCAACCUGCCCAAGGCCGCCGGGCUGAACCGCUGCGGGAAGAGCUGCCGCCUCCGGUGGACCAACUACCUCCGCCCCGACAUCAAGCGCGGCAACUUCACCGACGAGGAGGAGAGCCUCAUCAUCACCCUCCACGCCUCCCUCGGCAACAAGUGGUCGACGAUCGCGACGCACCUGGAGCGCCGGACGGACAACGAGAUCAAGAACCACUGGAACACUCACAUCCGGAAGAAGCUGCUGCGCAUGGGCAUCGACCCCGUCACGCACCAGAAUCUGCCCCCCGACGACAUCGUCAACGGCGCCCUCGCCUCUCCCGGACUCCCCGAGGCGCUCCUCUCCGCGGCGGCGAGCCUCGCGGGCCUGAACAGUGCUCUGAUGCAGGCGCAGUCGCUGCAGCUGCUGCUGCAGGCCAUCAGCUCUAACAACGGAAGCGCUGGUCUCAUGGCCAACUACAACUUAGCCGCAGGAAAUGCAAUGCUUAACGCGAGUAGCAUUGUUCCAACUUCCCAGGACCAGAUGAACCUCUUGUCUCACGCGACCUACUACCGACCAGCUGGUUAUCCGGGUAAUAUCACAAGUUUUGCAGAGCAAGACGUGGUGCAGCAACUGAAUGCUUCGGCUCCAGUGCUCGUCUCCUCUGCAGAAUCUGCGGCAUUGGUGUCUGAAUCUUAUCCACAGGAAACGGUAGCUGCAGCGGACCUGCCUGUGCAGGGUGUUGCCAGCUUGGAGCCCAUGGAGAUGCCGAGUAUGUGUUCUCUGGAGGAUGAUGCUUUCUGGAAGGACAUCCUAGAGAGCAACUUCCCACUAUGAGCUAUUUCUCGAGCGUGAAAUGGAUGCAUUGCAGUGUUGUAUAAAAUUUUAAACAUGUUCAUCAAUUAGCUUCAUAUUAUCCAUUAGAUCUGUCAAUGAUCAGAACACAGCAUACUUCAGAGCUCGCACAUCAGUGGUAUAUUUGUAGCGAACUCUGAAUCUGUAAUAUAUGCAGUAGUGAACUUGAGUUUUUUCAGUUUAAUCAUUUGAUGGACCCUGGAUCCCAUUGCACUUAGCAUGUCACCAAGUACAGCUGGGCAUGUGAACAAAAAUGUGUGCGCUGCAGUGGGCUAG